AUGAGAUACUCAGUACUGUCCGCAGCUUUCGCGGCCUGCAGCUGUAUUGGCAACUCGUCGGCCCUCAAUAUCCUGAUGGGCAACGAUGACGGCUUCGCAAGUGCUCAAUUGCGCGAGUUCUACCGCCUGUUGAAGGCUGAAGGCCACCAAGUCGUGGUCGUCGGCCCAGUCGACAAUGAAAGUGGUCAAGGUGGUCGAUCGGUGUUUACGAGCUCCAACACCCUGCAGGAACCAUCGGAGUUUGGCAUUAUUCCAGCCGGUGCUCCCUCGCUUGGGCGUGACCCAAGCGACCCAGAUGUCUGGUACUACAAUGGUACUCCAGCAGCAUGCACAUUCGUUGGCCUAGAUUAUGUCAUUCCCAAUUACUACGCCAACAGAAGCGUUGAUCUCUAUGUUGGUGGACCGAACUUCGGUACGAAUCUGGGACCGUUUCUCUACACUCUGUCAGGAACGAUGGGUGGGACGUAUUCAGCUGUCGGACGAAAUUUACCUGCAAUCGCCUUUUCUGGAGGCAACAGCGAACAGCGCUCGUACACUUGGAUCAACGCGACCACUCCCUCUGGCUAUCCCGAUCCUGCAACAAUCCAAGCUCAACUGGCUGUCAAUGUUGUCAAUGCCUUGAUCAACGGCUCGGCACCCGGGCAGCGGUUGAUGCCGCUUGGCUAUGGGCUCAGCGUGAACACCCCGUUCAUCACUUCCUUAACCAACACAUCGUGCGUGGCACCACCACUUAUCCAGACCCGACUCAACGGAGGCGCUUUCACUGACAACGCUGUGUACAAUGCGACAUCUGGCCUCUUCACGUAUGGGAACAAGCUGACCGACGCAAUCAAUCGCUGUAUCAACGGCAACUGUGCCUUACCCGGCGAGACUGAUGUCGUAGACAAAGGCUGCUACGGCUCGGUGUCCGUGUUCACCAUUGAUUAUGACGCUCCUCUUGGUCAUGACCAAGCCGCCAUUCGAAUCGCAUUGACGCCAACUGUUGCUUUUGAGGACCCUGAUGCCAAGAUGAAGGUCAAGGCGAGGAAUGAGUUGACUGCUGACUCUUUCUCCACUGUCAAGAUGCCCAAUUGGAAGCUGGUCAUCCGCUCCGACACGAAUAGCCAAAGAAGGCAGUUCAACAGCCAAGACGGCGGGAAAAGCUCUAAAAGUCUGCAGGAUUGA